GCAGAGCCCAGCCGAGCCCAGUCGAGCCCAGCCCAUUUCCAUAUAUUUGGGCUCCUUCUCCCGUCUACUUCUCCGAUUUAUCGCUUCUCUCCUCGCCUGAGCUCACCUACGAUUUAUUUUGUUAUUCCGAUCUACUUACCGGAGCUUCCUUUCUCUAUUUCCUUCCCCUGCUUCGGGCACCUUGUUAUGGCGGCUAAUUCACCGGUCCAAGAUCCUCCCACGGACGCUUCUGCUAAACAAUCUGCUCCUUCCCCCUCCCCCGCUCUUGUGACCCCUCCCCUUAAAAUCGAGACUCCUCCCUCCGACUCCGGUCAGACCCCCUCCGCCGUCCCCGCUCCCACCCCUCGCCCCGACGACCUUCCUCAACCCACUUCUCCGGAUCCAAUUCAUCUUCCCAGCUAUUCCAGAUGGUUCUCCUGGAACGGCAUUCACGAGUGCGAGGUUCGCUUCCUUCCGGAGUUUUUUGAUUCACGGUCGCCCUCUAAAAACCCUAGAGUUUACAAGUACCUUCGAAAUUCUAUUGUCAAGAAUUUUAGGGAAUGCCCUUCCAAGAAGAUCACCUUUACUGAUAUCCGAAAGACACUCGUUGCCGAUGUAGGAUCCAUUCGUAGGGUUUUUGAUUUUCUCGAGGCGUGGGGUCUUAUCAAUUACUCGCCCUCCGCGCUGAGCAAACCCCUGAAGUGGGAGGACCGGGACUCCAAGUCUAAUGCUUCCGCUUCCAACACCGGCGAACCUGGAGGUGGUUCCGCGAAUUCGUCGGCGCCUAAAGACGCUUCUAAGAGAGUAUGCAGCGGUUGCAAGUCUAUUUGUAGCAUUGCUUGCUUUGCUUGCGAUAAGUUUGAUUUGACACUUUGUGCAAGGUGCUAUGUUCGUGGAAACUAUCGAGUUGGUGUUGUUAGUUCUUCAGAUUUUAGACGUGUUGAGAUCAAUGAUGAUACACGAACAGAUUGGACCGAUAAGGAGACUUUGCAUCUUCUUGAAGCUUUGACGCAUUAUGGUGAUGACUGGAAAAAGGUUGCACAACAUGUUGGUGGCAGAACUGAGAGGGAAUGUGUCGCCCAUUUUGUGAAGCUUCCUUUAGGGGAGCAGUUUCAUGGUUAUCCAGAUUCUGAACAUAUUGACAACAAUUAUACUGUGGUGAAGGAUCAUGCCAGUGCCAAUCUUACGUUGGAAAGUACUGGCGCAUCUAUUCCUAAUAAAAGAAUCCGUCUAUCACCUCUGGCAGAUGCAAGCAAUCCCAUAAUGGCUCAGGCUGCCUUUCUGUCGUCUUUGGUGGGUAUUGAGGUUGCAGAAGCAGCUGCCCAGGCAGCUGUGAUUAAACUUUCCGAGAUGGACUUUGGAAGAGAUGGGGAAAUUGCCAGACCUAUCGCUAGGAAUACAGAAGAGCAAGGAAACGACGUUGCAUCCUGUGAACGCAGCUUGUUAAGGGGGUCUUCGAUGGAUAUGGAGAAAGCAAUAUCUCAUAUUGUAGACGUUCAGAUGAAAGAGUUCGUAGAUAAGCUUAAUGGUUUCGAGGAGGGAGAGUUGCAGAUGGAGAAGGUAUUUAAACAAUUAGACCAAAUGAAAAGUAUGCUUUUCGUUGAUCAACUAAAUCUCUUAUUCAAUAAAGGGUGUGUUCCUACUGUCGAAGACAAGAGCAAUAUGAAUGUAAGAACGUGAUUAUUAUUAUUAUUGUUAUUCUCCUCCUUAAAUGAAGCAAUAUCAGAGUAUGCCACCCUCUCUUUAACCUGGAA